GGGCGCGGCGGCCGGAGCCCGGGGCCCGUCAUGGGCCGCCCCGAGCGGGGCGCGCUCGGGCCGCGGGCGCCGCUGCUGCUGCUGCUGCUGCUGCCGCUGCUGCUGCUGCGGCUCCAGCAUCCCGCGGCGGCGGCGGCCGACCCCCCGCGCGGCGGCCAAGAGCCGGCCAAGGAGUGCGAGGAGAACCAGUUCCGGUGCCGGAACGAGCGCUGCAUCCCCUCGGUGUGGAGAUGCGACGAAGACGACGACUGUUCGGACAACAGCGACGAGGACGACUGCCCCAAGAAGAUCUGCACAGACACAGACUUCACCUGCGACAACGGCCACUGCAUCCCCGAGCGCUGGAAGUGUGACGGCGACGAGGAGUGUGCGGAUGGCUCCGACGAGUCCGAGGCCACCUGCACCAAGCAGGUGUGCCCUGCAGAGAAGCUGAGCUGCGGCCCCAGCAGCCACAAGUGUGUGCCUGCCUCCUGGCGCUGUGACGGCGAGAAGGACUGCGAGAGCGGCGCCGACGAGGCUGGCUGUGCCACCCUGUGCGCCCCGCACGAGUUCCAGUGCCGCAACCGCUCGUGCCUGGCCGCCGUGUUCGUGUGCGACGGCGACGACGACUGCGGCGACGGCAGCGACGAGCGCGGCUGCUCCCGGCCGGCCUGCGGGCCCCGCGAGUUCCGCUGCGGCGACGGCGCCUGCAUCCCCGCGCGCUGGGUGUGCGACGGCCAGCUGGACUGCGACGACCGCGCGGACGAGGCGGCCCCGCCGUGCGGCCGCGCGGGCCCCGCCACGGCCGCGCCCGCCGCCUGCGCCGCCGCCGCCCAGUUCGCCUGCCGCAGCGGCGAGUGCGUGCACGCGGGCUGGCGCUGCGACGGCGACCGCGACUGCAAGGACGAGUCGGACGAGGCCGACUGCCCGCUGGGGACCUGCCGCGGGGAUGAGUUCCGCUGUGCCGAUGGCACCUGUGUCCCCGCCAUCAGGCGCUGCAACCAGGAGCGGGACUGUCCCGAUGGGAGCGACGAAGCCGGCUGCCUGCAGGCCCCCGCAGAGUCCACCUGCGAAGGGCCCCGCAGAUUUCAGUGUAAGAGUGGCGAGUGCGUGGACGGCGGGAAAGUGUGUGACUCGCAGCGGGACUGCCGGGACUGGUCGGAUGAGCCUCUGAAAGAGUGUGUUCCAUCAAUCUCCCGGGGAAACAGAAGGAGGCCCAGGGGCCUGAACGAGUGCCUGCACAACAACGGCGGCUGCUCUCACAUCUGCACCGACCUCAAGAUCGGCUUCGAGUGCGCCUGCCCUGCCGGCUACCGGCUCCUGGACCCGAAGACCUGCGGAGACAUUGAUGAGUGUGAGGACCCCGAUGCCUGCAGCCAGAUCUGUGUCAACUACAAGGGCUACUUCAAGUGCGAGUGUCACCCCGGCUAUGAGAUGGACGCGCUGACCAAGAACUGCAAGGCCGUCGCUGGCACAAGCCCGUCCCUGAUCUUCACCAACCGGCAUGAGGUGCGCAAGAUCGACCUGGUGAAGCGCGACUACUCGCGCCUCAUCCCCAUGCUUAAGAACGUGGUGGCGCUCGACGUGGAAGUCGCCACCAACCGUAUCUACUGGUGUGACCUCUCCUACCGCAAGAUCUACAGUGCCUACAUGGACAAGGCCAGCGACCCAGCCGAGCAGGAGGUGCUGGUGGACGAGCAGCUGCACUCACCCGAGGGCCUGGCGGUGGACUGGGUGCACCAGCACCUCUACUGGACCGACUCGGGCAACAAGACCAUCUCUGUGGCCACGGUUGACGGCAGCCGUAGGUGCACACUCUUCAGCCGUGGCCUCAGCGAGCCCCGGGCCAUCGCCGUUGAUCCCCUGCGAGGGUUCAUGUAUUGGUCAGACUGGGGGUACCAGGCCAAGAUCGAGAAGUCUGGGCUCAACGGUGUGGGCCGGCAGACUCUGGUGUCAGACAACAUUGAAUGGCCCAAUGGAAUCACCCUGGAUUUGCUGAGCCAGCGUCUGUACUGGGUAGACUCCAAGCUGCACCAGCUGUCCAGCGUGGACUUCAGUGGCCGCGGCAGGAAGAUGCUCAUCUCCUCCCCCGACUUUCUGAGCCACCCGUUUGGGGUCGCCGUGUUCGAGGACAAGGUGUACUGGACAGACCUGGAGAACGAGGCCAUUUUCAGUGCAAAUCGGCUCAAUGGCCAGGAAAUCUCUGUCCUCGCUGAGAACCUCAAUAACCCACAUGACAUUGUCAUCUUCCAUGAGCUGAAGCAGCCCAGAGCUGCGGACGCCUGCGAGCUGAGUGCCCAGCCCAACGGAGGCUGCGAGUACCUGUGCCUUCCCGCUCCCCAGACCUCCAGCCACUCUCCCAAGUACACGUGUGCCUGUCCUGACACCCUGUGGCUGGGCCCAGACAUGAAGAGGUGCUACCGCGCACCUCAAUCUACCUCAACCACGACCUUCACCUCGACCACGACCGGGACAACAGCGGACACCACCAGAGCCCCUGGGACCACUGUCCACAGCGCCACCUACCAGAACCACAGCACAGAGACCCCAAGCCAGGCAGCUGCAGCCCCCAGCUCAGCGAGCGUCGCCACGGCUCCCAUGUCUACCCCCAGCCCUGCCACCAGCAACCACUCCCAGCACUAUGGGAACGAAGGUGGCAAGAUAGGUUCCACCGUCACUGCUGCUGUCAUUGGCAUCAUUGUGCCCAUGGUGGUGAUAGCCCUGCUGUGCAUGAGCGGCUACCUGAUCUGGAGGAACUGGAAGCGGAAGAACACGAAAAGCAUGAAUUUCGACAACCCCGUGUACAGGAAGACGACAGAAGAGGAAGAUGAAGAUGAGCUGCACAUAGGGAGGACCGCUGAGAUCGGCCAUGUCUACCCUGCAGCGAUCAGCAGCUUUGAGCGCCCGCUGUGGGCAGAGCGCUGUCUUGGGGAGACCAGAGAACUGGAAGACCCAGCCCCUGCCCUCAAGGAGCUUUUUGUCUUGCCGGGAGAGCCAAGGUCACAGCCGCACCAACUCCCGAAGAACCCUCUUUCCGAGCUGCCUGUCGUCGCGUGCAAGCGAGUGGCAUUAAACAUUGAAGAUGAUGGACUGCCCUGAGGAUGGGACCGCUCCCGCCGUGCCUCACGGAACUCAGUCCCAUGCACCACAGCCCAGGACGGUCUAUGCCUGGACAGGAGGGUUUCUGUCCAUGGGUCUGUGCGACUGUGCGAGUGUGCGUGCGUGUGUGUGCAUGUGCGUGUGCGUGUGCGUGUGUGUGUGUGUGUGUGUGUGUGAGAGAGAGAGAGAGAGAGAGAGAGAAUCUGUGUGUAUUUUUUUUUAAUUUAUGUUGCGGAAAGGUAACCACAAAGUUAUGAUGAACUGCAAACAUCCAAAGGAUGUGAGAGUUUUUAUAUGUAUAAUGUUUUAUACACUUUUUAACUGGUUGCACUACCCAUGAAGAAUCAUGGACCAGCUGUGGCUGGUGACUAACAUGAUGUACAUAACCAAAUGGGCCGACGGAACAGUAGCUCACUCAUCAUUUUAAAACUAUAUUUACAGAGGGCAUUUGGUUGGAGGGGGGCGCUUUUUAGGUUUUGGAGUUUGGGUUUUGUUUUGUGAGAUGAUUAUGCUUUGUGGCUAUCCAUCAGCAUAAGAGAAAAAAAAACCUUCCUCUCCCUCCCCCAUCUAGAUUAUUUAUUAACAUAUUUCAAAAAUAAGAUUAGCUCUAUAAAUAAUUUAGAGACAGGAGAGUAUUUAUUUUUGGUAUGUCUGGAUUCCCCCACGCAGAUUUGCGUGCAUUUGUGUUUGUGUAUGUGUGUGAGAGAGAAAAGGCUGGAACAGAGAGGCAUGCCAAUGGCUGUAAUUCAGAAACAAAAGAACAAUCUAUUUUAAAAAUCAUCCACAAGGGAAUUAUCCGCAGCCCUUUCUUUGGAAAUUUGGCUCAGCAAAAAGGAUAACAUGGUUCAGGCAAACAUGGAGUGGAAGAGGCAAAACUGUCCCACCUCUGUCUGCUCCUGGAAAUGGGGGGGUCCAGU